UGCUCGGCUCAGACUCAUGUUCAGCCUGCUCUGCCUCUCUCUGCUGCUGCUUCCUCCGUCACACACACGCACACACCACACACACUCUCUCUCUCUCUCUCUCUCACACACACACACACACACACAGCAUGCCUCCGUUCAACAAAACCCAGCUGCAGAGCAAACCGUUCAAACAGAGGAAGAGUUUCGCUACACGGAAACAAGAAGUGGCGGGCAUCCGGCUCAAGUUCCCCAACAAGAUCCCGGUUAUAAUCGAGCGGUACGAGAGGGAGAAGUUUCUGCCUCCGCUGGAUAAAACCAAGUUCCUGGUGCCGCAUGAACUCACCAUGACUCAGUUUGUCACCAUCAUCAGGAACAGGAUGGCUCUGCUGCCCACUCAAGCCUUCUACCUGCUCAUCAGUAACAGCGGGCUGGCCAGCAUGUCUCUCACCAUGGCUCAGGUGUACAAAGACCACCAGGACGAGGACGGCUUCCUCUAUAUGACCUACGCCUCGCAGGAGAUGUUCGGACACUGACGCACAAACGGCUCCCUGCUUUAGAUUUUAUUAGAUGAUGAAGGUUGCUGUAAAUAGAAAAAAAUACUUUGUAUAUAUUGUAAUAUUUGUUGUACACGUUGAUUGUGAGACAGAUUUUAGUUGAAGUAUGUGGAUCCAAUAAAUCUUAACUAUGAGAAAUAAA